GUUCUCUCCGUCUCUGCACAUGCAUGUACUUAAUUUAAUUCAGAUGGGAUACGAUUGUCGAUUGAUUUAUAUUGGAUAAUAAUCUUAAUUUAGUUUCCUAAUUGAAUGAUUCUCCAAUAUCCGAGUGUUGAUUAUAUAACCCCAAAUUAAUUUGUUUUCCUUAAAUAAAAGGAGUAAUGGCUUUAUAUUUUCCGAUCCCAAUCACCAAACAACGGAAAUGCGAAGAAGCGGCGGAUUUUCUACUUCCCUAACAGUAUCUAUCUUCUUCCUAUCCAUCCAAUGAAUAUAAUAUUGACUCAUCACUCACUCCGCUCAAUAUAUAUGUAAAGUAAUGAUCAAUGAUAGAUAGAUGAGUAUAUAUAUAUUCUGUAUCUGUUUUGAUCUCUCUCUAUAUAUCUAUACAUAUAAAUAGAACCUGGAUCAUCCAGUUAGGCUAAGCCAGACAGUCUGAGCACCGACCAGGCCGCAAGCAGCUAAUUAAGGUAUGCCUGCCAUUCCACUUCUUUCCUUAUUACUACUUGUCUUUACUAUUAGUAGUACGAGGUACAGCUAAUCUAAGUAUUCUAUCUGAUAAUCGAUAAUUGUUGUUCUAUAACGAAAUGAAAUAAUUAAUAUAAUAAUAAUAAUCCUAAUUAGCUUCUUUGAUAUGAUUUCUGUGAUGAUCGAAAUACUUCCUCAGGUUCACAUUAAUCUUUACACCUUCCUUUUUGGGCCGUUCCAUAUUAAACUUCACACUUCCUUAUUUACCUUAUUUGGCAAAUAAAUCUACACAAAACAGUGUCAAAUAGUGUACUCUACAGUAAAGUCAAAUUUAUUUCCUUGAAAACUGUGAAGUCAAAGUGUAAAGAUCUUUGUGAAUCGGAGGGAGGAAAAAAUUAGUCUUUCAUUCUUCAAUUUAUCGAUGCAAUCAGCAGCACUUGCAUGACAUUUUCUUUAGUUAGACGAAGAUGCACAUUUGAUAACAUUGAAAUCGAUCUAAGUUAGAUUAGAAUGAAGGGUACUUAUACCAGUCUUAAAUUCUUAAUAAAUACUAGUGGCAUAGGCAAAAAAUGAAAAAUGAAAAAUUGAAAAAAAAAAAAAUUGUAUGGAUUUCAGCUCACCAUAACUCAAACAUAGAUCCUCCCUAGAUUCCGAGCAAUUGAUCACAUUCUAACUAAAGUGACCGAAUUGCCUCAAUCUGCUAAACUGUGAAAUAAUUAUACUUUAAAAUAUAUUUUACUAGUAAAAUUAAGAAAAAAGUGUAUAAAGAAUUAACUAAAGUUGUUCUCUUAAUUUCACCCAAUUAACUAAAGUUGUUCUCUUAAUUAACAAGUGUAUAAACUCACUUAUUAAUUAUUAUUAUUGCAUUAUUCUGCACGCGGAAUCAAAAGUUACGUUUUUUAUAUAAAAAAGUGAUAAAUUUGAUAAAUUGAAAAAAAAAAAUUAGACUUUAAAGUAUAGGGGCUCUCCUCUGAAUUUCAGUGAACUUUGGGACGAAUGUUCUCUGUUUUUUUUUAAAUGAAUGUUCUCUGUUUUUUCCUUUGCUUUUAUAACUCUCGGUAAAUACGAUAGUACUUCAGACUUAAGAGCAUGUGUGGCUAAGCCAUUUUCAUUUUAAUUAUAAUCAUAGAUGCAAAUUAUUAAGUGUACGUAGUAGUAUUAACAAGUCAUAUAAUUAUCUUUUAUACUUUUAUUCAAUAAUAAUAAUAAUAAUAAUAAUAAUAAUAAUAUUCUUGAAAAAGUUCGUCAGUGUUUUAUUAUGAAAUAUCAACGAUCGUCAUAAAACAUUUACUAUGUAUUUAUUUUCAUAUAUCAUUCAUUGCAUUGUUAAGCACUCGGAAAAAUUCCUACAAAGUUGAUGAUGCAUGCAACCAAGUGUUGUUAUACACUCCGUUGCACCGAAUAAUUAGUUCAUCGGAGGAGGGACUUCGAUCAAUUGGUUUCAGCUUUGAUUCUUAUAUUGUUUGACAAUUGUAUGUAUUGAUGAAACUUUUUCAAAGAAUGGCUUAGAUUAAGGCCAGACUCAAUUGAGUAAAUUUUUUAGAAAGAGGUUUGAUCAAAUAGACAGCUAGCUGCAGAUAUUAUUAGACAUAUGAUCAUAAAGUACGCGGAUGACAACAGAUAGAGAAAGCGCACAUAUCGGAGAAUGGAGGAGCGCGCAUCAAUAUGGGGUAGGAGUGAAGACAAGAUUUUUGAGACUGCUCUGGUUAAGUAUGCACAAGGCACGCCCAACAGAUGGGCGAAAAUUGCAGAUUUGCUCCCGCUGAAAACCGCUCUGCAAGUGGAAACACACUAUCACAUUCUGAUGUCCGAUGUAGGGGAUAUUGAGGCUGGUCUUAUACCGCUUCCCGACUACACAGAAUCAGCUGACAAGAAGAAGAAUAAGAUCAAAGAGGCGAGGAAACCAGCUACCCAAUGGACUGCAGGAGAACACAAGAGAUUCUUGGAAGGGCUAAAUAAGUAUGGGAAAGGAGACUGGAAGAGCAUAGCUAGGCAGUGUGUGAAGACAAGGUCAGCUACUCAGGUUGCUAGUCAUGCUCAGAAGUAUUUUAUUCAUCUGGACAAGGAUGUCAAGAACAAGAAGAGGUCAAGCAUCUAUGAUGUUUCAUUGGAAUAACACAUACAUUAUCUGCUUCAUCAUUUCUUCUACUAUACCAAACUUCCAUUGACUCUGACUGAUCAGUCUGUUAGUUUUAGCAUUUCUAGCUAGCUGUGACAGUUUUAUUAAACUUUAGUUCUCUUUUCAAUUAUACAUUCGGGAUGAAAUGAGCAUUUCUCUAACACAAAUUGAACACCAUUUAUAU